UACACGUAUUAGUUGAAAUUCAAAAGAAAUAAAUAAAUAAGAAAGCAAAUAUACGGUUAUGGUUUGUUUGGCUCUGCUCUGUCAAAUUGUCACUCUAACUUAGAUAUUCAUUCUUCUCAUGUCAUGCUCCCUCUCAAAUUAAAAAUGGCGUCUUCUUCUUCUCCAUGUUUUCUUUGCAAUUGCAUUCCCUCUUUCAAAUCCCCAACACCAUUGAAAUCUCCAACAACACUAACCAUAACCCUUCCUCCUCCUCAUCUUCGACUUCGUGUUUCACUCAGAGCUUCUCCUCACAACAAGAAUCCCAUCACUGAUGAUGAUGACUCUGUUGAUACUCUACCACCUAAUUCCCCUUCUCUACUUCCUCAGUUCAGAAAUGGUUGGUUUAAAUUUGAUGAACUUGGAAUGGAAAUGCUGUCCAUUGCUCUGCCUGCUGCCGUUGCACUGGCAGCUGACCCGAUUGCAUCGUUGAUCGACACAGCUUUCGUCGGACACAUAGGAGCUGUUGAACUCGCUGCAGUUGGGGUUUCAGCUUCUGUGUUUAAUCUAGUGUCGAAAGUAUUCAAUGUUCCUCUACUUAAUAUUACUACCUCCUUUGUUGCCGAGGAGCAAGCGCUGAUUGGAAAGGAGGAAGAUUCUGGUGGAACUGAGGAAAAUGGCAUUUUCCAACGCAAGAAGCUCCUUUCAUCAGUAUCUACAUCUUUAGCACUUGCUGCAGCUCUUGGAAUUGCUGAAACUGUAGCACUCUCACUUGGCUCUGGCACUCUUAUGACUAUCAUGGGUAUAGCUGCUGACUCUCCGAUGCGUGGACCUGCCGAGCAUUUUCUUACAUUGAGGGCUUUUGGUGCUCUACCAAUUGUGAUUGCAUUAGCUGCACAAGGAACUUUUCGUGGAUUUAAGGAUACAAAGACGCCUCUAUAUGCCGUUGGUGCUGGAAACUUUCUUAAUGUCAUACUGGAUCCAAUAUUAAUAUUUCUUUGUGGUCUUGGCAUUAGUGGUGCUGCAAUUGCUACAGUGAUCUCUGAAUAUUUAAUAGCUUUCAUUCUUCUAUGGAAUUUGAAUUGCAAAGUCCUGCUAAUCCCUUUUGACUUCGACGGAACAAAAUUUUUCAGCUAUCUGAAAUCUGGUGGUCUUCUAAUUGCCAGAACUUUGGCUGUGUUUAUAACUAUGACACUCACAACAUCUUUGGCAGCUAAGCAGGGCCCUAUACCUAUGGCAGGCCAUGAAAUUUGCAUGCAAGUUUGGCUGUCUAUUUCUUUGCUCACCGAUGCUCUGGCACUGGCUGGUCAGGCUCUUCUUGCCAGUAGUUACUCAAUGGGAAAUUACAAGCAAGCACGCCUCGUCAUAUAUAGAGUGAUACAGAUUGGUUUAGGAGCUGGAAUCACUUUGUCGAUGAUCUUAUUUGUUGGGUUUGGAGCAUUUUGUACCUUAUUUAGCUCGGACUCAGAAGUUCUAGAUGUUACCCGGUCAGGUAUAUGGUUCGUAGCUGGAUCUCAACCAGUGAAUGCUUUGGCAUUUGUUAUUGAUGGGAUUUAUUAUGGGGUAUCAGACUUUGAAUAUGCUGCUUACUCUAUGGUGCUGGUUGGAUUAAUUUCUUCAAUUUUCAUGCUGGUGGCCGCUCCAGUAGUUGGACUUCCUGGAAUCUGGUCAGGAUUGUUUCUCUUCAUGACAUUGCGUGUUCUAGCUGGAGUUUGGAGAUUAAGCAGCAAAAGCGGCCCAUGGAAUGUGAUAUGGUAUAAAGAUGGAGGAGAAGACUGAUUUUCAAGAGAUCCAAUACGAGGAUACUUGCUUUGCAUCCUCUCCUGCUAAAUCCUUGCACUCAAAGAGAAUCCAGUAGCAGUACUGGACUAAUAUUUUAUUAGAAUGUGGCAGAAAUUGCUGAAAAUCAAAUGCCAAAGUCUUUCUGGAACGAGAGAGUUUGAAUGGCUAAAUGAGCACAGUGAUGGAGAAAAUCGUUUAAUGAAGGAAGCUGUACCAUAGAAGUCAAAUCUUAUAACUUUCUGGCAUUUUGCAAUUUUCAUUGCUGAAGGAAGCUGCAUCUUAGAGCUAGGUGUCGGUAAUGGCAUGUGCUCUGUAAUUUCUUCUAUAUCUUAUAUAAAUAUAAAGUCUUUCUAGGAAAAAAUAGGUUAGAGGGUCUUAGUUUCUUUCUUUAGGAAAUAUAUUUUUAAUAAAUAUGAAUGUGUUGCCUUGGUUCAUGAAGGUUUCUGUAAAUAAAUAUCUAAAUAUAUUAAUUUCUUCACAAA